ACGUUCACGAAAGCCCAGCUGGAAAUUCUCGACGAGCUCUUCGCUAAGACAAAAUAUCCUGAUAUCUUCAUGAGAGAAGAAGUCGCAACGAAAAUUAAUCUUCCAGAAAGUAGGGUACAGGUUAGUACAGCUGAGUAAUUAUCAUUUAAAUGCUUUGCAUUCGCUUCCGCAUACUAAAGAAAACCAUCAAAUUAAAUUCAUUUCUUUCCAACAGCUCUGAUAACAUUGAGCGGUGCUAAUUGUAUUAAGUUCACAGUGAGCAGGCCACAAAACCAAAGAUAUUUGAUGUGGUUUUUUUUAUUGUAUUAUUUCCUUAACGCAUUCAGAGACAUGUUUCCAAGUCUCGCUCUCGUUUAAAGUAGCACGAAAACGUGAUAACAAUUUCAGUUCAGGAGAACAUUGUUUUACCAUUCAGUUCUUUGUGAUUACCUUAUUCAUGAUCAAGCUAGAAAAAUUUCUGAUUAUUUUGCAAACAGUAUUUUUUGGGCAUAUUUUACUUUUGUGUCCCCAAUUAAUUGUGAAAACUAAAUACAUUGACACAUUAAUAAAGCUUUUACUUACUUUACUUUUACUUACUUUGCUUUUUGAAAAAUUCCACAACCGCAUGGACAUUAUUACUCUCUAUUGCGCAUGCGUAGCGCACGGAAACGAUUAUCAUUUGAUGAAGAUGAAAGAUCGGUCUAAAAUCCUAUUGAUUUGUUUAAAAAGAGGCGUAACCUGGUUGUUAGGGGAUUGCAGUCACUUAAUUAUCCACACAUUAUGCUGUUAUUAGUGUUUCUUUAUUUACAAAGGGACUGUUAUCUCACAACUGGACGCCCACAUCGGCGACAUCUUCGGCCGACUGGCAUCAAAUGACUCUAUUAACACGUGUUGAAAAACUCGCACGAAAUGUAUUGUAGUGCGAUACUUUGAUUUAGAAUUCUCAUCGACUUAAAAAUAGACGCACAUCAGUUGAAGAGAAGGCGUUUAAGAGUUUAAUAUGCUUUAUGGCUUGCAGCACCUCAAAUCAGAAAGGUGUAAACACAACAAAUUGCUAUCGUGAGAUGGCAAAAGUGCAGUGUGUUAUCCUCACAGUUUGAAAUUCUUGCCCUUUCAAGUACCGGGCGUCGUCAAUUUUUAUUUAGACUCACGCGAAUGUUUCUAUCUUUCAAAAAGCUUUCAUGACUUACAUUUUACUUUUUCUUCUUCGAGGCAAGCUUUGUCAAGAACUUUCCUUUAGUUUAGGCCAUCGAUGUGAUCGAAUGUAGUCGCAACUCAUGAUCCAAUCGCAUGACCUCGCCCAUGUAUUUGUCUGGUUAGACUGGUUAGCGUUUGUGCCCAUAUCUAUAAUACUUACAACUUCCUGUUAAAUACCUAACAAUUUUUCGCACCUUUGCCUGAAGACCAGCCAACAUUUGGAUUGUACACAUUCAAAUUGUUUUUGUUCACCCUUAUUAAAGCUCUAUGCUGAUAGUUAUAUUUAAGGUCAUGACAAGAAUGACAGAUAAACAUAUUUGACGGAAAUGUCAGGUUUAUCAAGAUUUUAUCAAACAUUCCAUAAUUUUCAUUCCUUUUUCUUUCUUCCUUUCUCCAAGGUAUGGUUUAAAAACAGAAGAGCUAAAUUUAGACAGCAAAACAAACAACAGCAAGGAGCCCAGAACAAGGCGAAGCCACCGGUGAAGAGAAAAACACCUUCACCCCCGCUUCAACAAGUUCAAGAUCUACCAAAGGCAUCUGGCCAAGCUCCUCCUGCGUCACAACAGAUGAAUAACUUCACCUUCGGUGCCCCCUCUUGGCCGAAUAAACACAAUAUUCAGGGAUUGCCCAACAUGCAGAGACACGACAANUGUUGA